AUGCACGUUCCUCUUCCUCGACUCCUCCUCCUUUUGCUGCUCAUCACGCCGCCAUCCGAAUCGUCGCGCUUGACGCAGCACUCAUCUGAUCACCACUUGCGAGACCACGACAGGCAUGCUGUCCUGGUAGAGAAGCGCCUGCUCAAAGCGGAGCUGCCCGACAAGCUCAAGGACUGGCAAAUCUUCCAGGAUGGCAAUCCCAUCCGCGAAGGCGUUCGCAGCAAGUACGCAUCCGCUCUUCGCUACAUCGACAAGAUCAAAGAGCCCUAUUCGUUCGCCAAAGGCAUCAAGAAGGAGUGGAGGUACGAGCCUGAUCUGCGGCGACAUUACUUCCUACCGAGAGUGCUGCGUGUGCCGCUCAUACUCCAAGACGGUCCUUUUCGGUACAAGAAGGAGCUCACCGGGUUCAUCAAGGGUACCGAUGAAGAUCUUGGUCUGCAGACGGUUGCCAAACCGCAUCUGCCAGAGAUGGCUGAAGAGCAAGGUGAUGAAGCUGCACAGUCGAAAGCUGGCCUUUCAGGUGGAACAGAGCAUGACGACGAGAUGUCGGUUCCGAGCGGGUCUCGCAGACCUGGCAGAAGACCACGCACUCGUCGGUUCGAGCGCCAGCCCGGGUUCAAUCCGUUCCGUCAGGUACCAGGGCAGGACCUUGGCCCUCCUCGUCAUCCAGUGCCUGAGAUCGAGUCUGACGACUCGGCACACCUUCCCUGGGCCGGUGGAUCCCAAAGCACGGCCGAGAGUCGUCGCCCGAGCGAUGGCGAUCGACAACCUUCGCUAGACCAACAGAGCGCUGGGCAGGCGAGGAUCGUGGAGCCUUUGAGCAACGCCUUUGUCGGUAUGGGGGAUAGGUACAGAACACUGCAGAACUUUCAAGAGGAACAGAUACGAAAGGCAGCGAUGCGCUACUCUGGUCAUCCAGAGCACAUCCCGUCAGGACAGCAGGACGGCGGCUCGAUGCCCUCUCGGUCAGCCCCUGUACAAGCUCCGACGCCAGAACAGAGUCACAAGCAUGUCGGCGAUCCCGCAGAAGCGGAUGCAGAUGUCUCGAACCCCAUCACACCUGACCUCAGCACGCCAGGAUCCUUUACGCCAGAGCACGCUCGAAUGAGCCCAGGAUGGGCGCGCUCGCCAGAGCUGCGUACUCCUUUGGGUGGCGAUCCAUCUCCACGCGUCUCCACGCCUGGUGCUAUGACUCCUCAUUCGCAACCAGGGACAGGCGGCCACACUCCACUGUCCAUGUUCAGGCUACCUGUUGACUAUGCCGAGCAGCUACAAGCUGCGCGCGCCCGACUGGAACAGGAGCAGCUGAGCCACGAACAUGCAAGACCGAGCGUCGCUCCGGCGACGACGUUCGGGCCAAAAAGUAGCUCGAGCGCCAGUGUGGGCUGGUACGCCGGUCAACCAUCGCCAGAAGCCCAGCGCAAUGCACAAGAGGCUGCGCAGUGGAACGACGUCGACUAUGCCAUCUACCACCCGGAUCCGUUCAGACAUGCCAAGAUAUCGGCCGCCAAAGUGUAUCCGCUGAGGGACCAGGAGAUGCGGUCAGGUACCGUGACGCCGUCCAUCGAAAGCGAGACGCACAAGAGCGAAGAAGACGGCUCUGGCAGGGAAUCUCGUCAAGGUGCGGAAGGGACCGCGAACGCACCUCAAAGCAUCGAACGCGAUCUGCGCAAGGACGAGGAGAUGAAGGACGUCUCUCCGUCGAGCGGAGCCUCUGCUCCUCCAUCUGCUCCUGCUGCUGCCGACGUCGAGCCGCCCUCCCACAUCGACGAAACCACCUCGUCCGAUGUCCCUGCCAAAAAGCGCAAGCGCCCUCCUAAGCUCCAACCCACCUUGAAGCGCGUGCAGAGCUUCCUCUUCCCGACCGCAACCGAGCAUACGGAGCUCACCUCGCCGCACCUGCGAGGCUUCAAGCCGUCCUUGUCGAUCAAAGAAGAACCGAAUCCGGACUUCGACCCCACAGAUCCACGCAGCUCGCCCGGGCUGGUGUUUCGUCGUUAUCGGCUGGCACACUCCUCGAAGGGCUCAGUGCAGAAGGGAAGACACAGGCUACAGCGUCUACCGUCGUUUGAGACGUCGCGCGAGUCAACGACCCAAGAGUCCCGCGAUGGGCCAUCGCCACGAUAG